AUGAGUAGACGGCUAGCACACGCUCCCUUCCCACCUACCCACAAAACCACCGCGAUGCCCGCACGCAUCUCCCACCGCUCCCAACUGUCCGAUCCGCUCUCUGCGGUAAUUGCCCCGCCUGUCGGGGAGUCUGCGGCAGCGAAACAGGCGCGUGUGGCCAGAGAGGCAGAGGAGCAGCGCGUAAGCGACGCCAUUGACGACGAGCUUAGGAGGGAGAGACAAGAUAGAAAGAAGAGGGGGAAAAGGGAGGUCAAGGUGUUGCUGCUCGGCCAGAGCGAGAGCGGGAAAAGCACCGUGCUCAAAAACUUCAGACUGAAAUACGCACCCGCGCAGUGGAAAGCUGAACUGCAGUCUUGGCGCGCAGUGGUGCAGCUGAACCUCGUUCAGAAUGUCUUAACAAUACUUGAUGUUCUCCAAGAACGGCUUUCCCUCCCUGAGGCCACCGAAGUCCCCACCGGCUCAUCACCACCGUCCUCGUUCCCCACCGGCUCGCGCACAUCGUUCGACUCGACGAUCAGCGACAUCACCACCGCCCCGCCAGCGCUGUCUCCCGCAGCUGCAAAAGUGCAACUGUCACAGAAGCACCGCAUACUUCUUUUGCGGUUGUCUCCGCUACGAAAGGUCGCGGAAGAUCUGAGGAGGGUACUUGGCGCCGGCGCGGACUUUUCGAAUGCGGACGAUGCGGCACAUGGGUAUGGUGUGCUUGACGAUACGGGCCCGGCGCAACCAAAGAGGAAGGAGUUUGCGGUGAGGGGGUGGAUUAGCGCGUUGGGGCUGAAGGGCGAAGACGAAAACAGACCUGUCCCUGACUCGCCAACCGACUCAACCAGCGAAGUCCUCUCUUCGCUGCGAGACGACAUCCUUGCGCUCUGGGAGGACACCGAUGUGAGGGCGCUGUUACGCGCUGCAGAUGUGCGGAUCGAAGACCGGGCGGGUUUUUUCCUCCCGGAUACGGCCCGGAUUACCGCCCCGGGGUAUGUACCAUCGGACAACGAUGUCGUGCGCGCAAGACUGCGGACGAUGGGCGUCCAGGAGUGGCGUGUUGUACUUGAGCAGGGGGCCGGUGGGCUUGGGGGCUCGGGGCUGGCUAGCGAUUCGUUCGGCGCGGAAUGGGUUAUAUACGAUGUCGGCGGCUCGCGCUCAAUGCGACACGCGUGGCUGCCGUACUUCGACGCAGUUAACGCGAUCAUCUUCUUGGCGCCUAUAUCAUGCUUCGACGAGCGCCUCGCGGAAGACCCGCGCGUAAACCGCCUCGAGGACACGCUGCUCCUCUGGAAGGCGGUGGUCAAGAGCCCGCUCUUGAGAGGGUGCACCCUCGUAGUCUUCUUGAACAAAUGUGACCUGCUCAAACGCAAGCUGCAGAGCGGGAUCAUGGUCAACCGCCACAUGCUCAGCUUUGGCAACCGGCCGAACGAGGUAGGCGUCGUUGUCAAGUACCUAAAAGACAAGUUCAAAGACAUUCUGCGUGCCGACGCUGCCUCCCCCGCCCUUGGCGGCAUUAGCGCUGCCGCACGCACGACGUAUUUGUACGCGACAAGCGUGACGGAUACAAAGGCGACCGCCGCGACGCUCAACAUUGUCAGAGACGGGAUCAUCCGCGAGCACCUGAAGCACGCGGAGUUUGUGUAG